GAAAAUCUUUCUUACAGGGAAUUCGGAAGGAUCGCCUCAUUUUAAUAGUCAUUUCAUUGUGUUUAUGUGUGUGGAUCUCAAACCAAGUUUUGGUGGGAUAUUUUUCUAAAGUUUAGUGAUGACAGAAAGAAGACAGCUUCUACGUUAUCAAUGCCUGGAUAAGCCACCAAAUCCUUUAUUUAUCGAAGAAGCUGACUUCACUCCUCUUCAUUAUCGUCGCCACCCCUAUUUUUACAUUGAUAUCACCAUUGCCGGCUGGUUUCCAUUGGUUUUAUCCUUCUUCUUCUCCAUCACCAAAAUUGACAUUACUAGUAUUACCAUAGCCAGGCGGAACAAUGGCCAUUUCUAUCUUCAUAGUCAUGUCCGUGGCCACUUCUUCAAUCCGCAUUACCUUGACCUAUGAUGUUUUUGCUACAUCGUGCUCUAACCAUUGUUUUGCCCAAUUGCCUUAGGCUUCAACUCCAAUUCUCCAUCGAUGUCGUUUAGCAGAGUUAUGACGGAAAGAAGACAGCUUCUACGCGAUCAAUGCCUGAAGAAGCCACCAAAUCCUUUAUUUCUAAAAGAAGCUGACUUUUCCCGUUUCAUCGUCAUUGAAAAGUUGAAGCUCGUUUUUUGCUUCAUCCCUAAAGUUUCAUGUACAACUUGGAAGCGAACCCUGUAUAGUGCUGAGAAUGAUGGCGAACAACUGAAAGGAGUCCCACACAACAAAAAGUUAUUCUCUUGGCUCCAAGACUACAGCAUUCUUGAGCGGCAAAAGAUUUUGAGCACCUACUACAAAGCCAUGUUUGUCAGAGAGCCUUUUGCGAGGCUGGCAUCAGCAUAUCGAGACAAAAUUAAAAAGCCAUGGUUCAAAAGAUUUCUCCACCCCGGAAAAACAAAGCUAGAAAUAGAGGGGGAAAAAGAUCUUCCAUUUUCAGCAUUUGUAAGAAGAGUUAUUGAAACCAACGCCACGCAGCAAAAAGCUGGUAUCGAGGAUCAACAUUGGCGAUCAUACGAACAUAUUUGCCCAUGUGAAGUGGACUAUGACUUCAUUGGUCACUUCGAGAAUGUAGAUAAGGAGGCACCAACGCUCUUGAAGAUUAUUGGCGUCGAUGGCUACGUAAAAUUUCCUGAUUAUCGCCCGUCUAAGACUUCGCCAUACAUGCUGGAAUACUACUCCCAGUUGACAAUAGAUGAAAUCUUUCAACUGCAGGAACUCUUCGAUUUGGAUUUUAAACUGUUUGGGUAUGACUUUCCGGGGCUUUUAGAGGAUAUUUUAAAGGAAAAAGGUCCGUCAGAAGAAAGUUGAUCAAAGUUUUUACGAUGGUUAGUUGUUUAUCUUGUAAUUCAUUAUUGUUGAUAUUUAGGAAUGAGGUCCAUUUAAGUGGGCGGAGGGUCUGAGUAUCCUGUAGCCUUUUAGCUAUGAUUUGUAGCCUAAUCUUGGUUUUCACGUGACUUCAUCAAAGUAAAUAAUAAGGAAUUAUCAAAAGCAAAAAAAAACUUCAAACGAAAGUGGGGCUUCAUAAUAGAACUAAAAUUGUUCAUUGACAGAAUGCAUCUUUUUAUCUUACGUUUUCCUGACAUAGAACAUACUAGCGUUGCAAAGGUCUGAUAACACCUCAUGACUAACGUAGAUUUCUUUCAGAGGAAGAAAAGACUCGAUUCCAAAAGAAGUUGAAAACCGGUUAAAGCAAAUACCUUAAAAACAAAGGUGGGAAAUGAGGAAAAGUUCAGAGCCGUAAAUACAUUAGGUAACGGGAAAAGUUCAACCAGACGACUCACUUGCUUUCAUUUCAAAGAUGUUAGAGUUUUCCCAUUCCAAGGAGUAGAAAGCCCUUAAACCAAAUGGCUCAUCCAACCGGUGCUUUUUCCGGUUUCCAUAGCAUCGAGUGACCAGAAGUAUUAGCGGACCUUGUUGUAGAUUUAUACAACCAACACUGGAAAUCCCCAAGUCUGGAUAUAAUACGUCUUUGCAAUCUGCUCGAAUCUUGAACAGAAGGGAGGAUAAAGAAAUAAAUAACGAGUAACGAAA